UGUUGCCUACUUAAGCCAUAGGCAUCAACUUCUUUUGGUUAUUUUGUAGAUCAUAUUUUUCUUUCUGUGAAAAAUGCAAUCUUUUGAAGUGUUUGGUUGUUUCAAGAGAUAUUUCAGGCCAAAAAGGGAUGUCCCAGACGACAUAAAACGCCUGCUUGAAGAUUACUCAGACAAUGGUCGAAUGAACAUAGAAAAUCUUCAUGAUUUUUUAAAAACCGUCCAAGGGGAACCGGAUGUAGAUGUUGAACAGGCAAAGCGUCAGUAUCAACAUAAAGGCUUGCAUCUCUUGCAUUUUCUUUUUAGCGAUUAUAAUCAUCCUCUUAGAGCGAUUCCUGAUGACAUGAAAUCUCCAAUUUCUCAUUAUUAUAUUUAUACUAGUCACAAUACUUACUUAACCGGUAACCAGUUUACAAGCGAUAGUAGUGUUAGGCCAAUUAUAAAAGCCCUACAGAAUGGUGUAAGAGGUAUUGAAUUGGACCUCUGGCCAAACUCAACGAACACUGGUAUAAAUGUUUGUCAUGGAAGGACUCUGACUUCCUCUGUUAGACUAAGGAAAUGUUUGAAAGCUAUUAAGGAUCAUGCUUUUGAUGUUUCUGAUUAUCCGAUUAUUAUAACUUUUGAAGAUCAUCUCAACAAAAAGUUACGGGCCAAAGUGGCGCAUAUGGUCAAAAGCAUAUUUGGAAAAAUGCUGGUUGAACCAAAAAAAUAUCAUAAGCUGACUGAACUCCCUUCACCUGCCGAUUUGAAGAAAAGGAUCAUCAUCUCGACAAAACCACCAAAUGAGUCCUUAGAGUCCAUGGAUGAUAAGAGAGCAACUAAUAAUAUACGUUUUAGCUUAAUUUCCAACUGCUUGGAAAUGAAAGAUAGUUCAGAUGAAGACACUAAUCAUAAUGAGGAAGAUGUGCAGGAUGAAAUCCCUGAGUAUAGGGAUCUGAUUGCUAUCCAUGCCGUGAAACAUAAAGGAGAUGUGCAUGAUUCGCUACAUAUUGACCCAAAUAGUGUCAGACGUCUUAGCUUGAGUGAACAAGAGCUUGUAGAAGCUAGCAUAAAACAUGGACCAGAGAUAGUGAGAUUUACGCAGAGGAAUAUAUUGAGGGUUUACCCUAAGGGGACGCGUCUUGAUUCAUCUAACUAUAAUCCAUUUGAUGGCUGGAAUCAUGGAGCUCAAAUGGUUGCAUUCAACAUGCAGGGAUACGAAAAGAACUUGUGGUUGAUGCAAGGAAUGUUCAGGGCCAACAAUGGCCGUGGAUACGUCAAGAAACCAAGGUUUUUAUGUGAGGAUGAGCCGUUUAAUCCAAAUGAGGUCAAGAAAAUUUUGAAGGUUAAAGUUUACAUGGGACAAGGAUGGCAUUUGGAGUUUCAUCACGCUCACUUUGAUUACUGUUCCCCACCAGAUUUCUAUACAAAAGUUGGAGUAACUGGAUACAAAGAUGAUAAAACAAGAAUGUAUAAGACAGAUUCGAUUGAGGAUGAUUGGCGGCCCAUUUGGGAUCAGGAGUUUGAAUUUCCGAUAAAAGUCCCAGAACUGGCUUUGCUAAGGAUUCAGGUUAAAGAUAAAGACUCUACCAAGCAAAAUGAGUUUGCCGGCCAAACUUGCCUACCUGUUUCUGAAUUGAGAACCGGCAUACGUUGUGUCCCAUUAUACAACAUAAAAGGCGAAAAGUACAAGUUUAUAAAGCUUCUCAUGCGUUUUCAAUUCAUAGUUCCCAUAAAUUAGGUUAGUUGUUAAUUGCUAACCAUGUCCAUUGCAUCUGAAUCAUAUUGCUUAUAGCAAAUCUAAACUCAUAUCAGAAGAUGCAAAGUACUCACAAUAAUUUAGACACUCCAUAUUUAGCGACAUUAUAGGUCGUAUGUUUAAAUG